GAUAAGAAAUGCACCCAAAAUAUGAGGUCCAAAUUUCAUAUCAAUCACACUAUUUGGAUAAGUAAAGAAUCUACAAACCACAAUCCCAUUGGUUCUCAUUUCUCCAUCUUAGAACCACCUUCAUUCAUUCCUCCUCAGCUCCAAAAUCCACACAUUCUCAACACACCAACACUUUCACUUAGCCAUCAAUUCAUCAAUGGCAUCAUCAACAGUAAUUGCAAUGACCAUGAUCAACACAAAGUGCUUAAACAACACUUCAAAUUCACCAAAACUUCCCUACCCAACAAAACUCAUUACAAAACCAACUUCACUCCUUUCCCUUAGAAACCUUUUUCCAAAGAAAUUUUCCACCACAACAAAAAACACAAAACUAUCAACUUCCAUAGCAGGAACAGCACUAGCAGGAGCAAUAUUCUCAACACUUGGAACAUGUAACCCUGCUUUUGCAGCACAACAAAUAGCUGAAAUAGCAGAAGCAACAUCAGAUAACCGCGGUUUAGCACUUUUGUUACCAUUAAUUCCAGCUAUAGCUUGGGUUCUUUAUAACAUUCUUCAACCAGCACUUAACCAAAUCAACCGAAUGCGUAACGAUAAAGGGGUUAUCAUUGGUUUGGGUCUUGGUGGAUUAACAGCUUCUUCAGGGUUUUUGUCACCACAAGAUGCAAUGGCUAGUGAAAUUGCUGCAAUUGCUGAAGCUGGUAGUAGUGAUAAUAGGGGUCAGCUUCUGUUGUUUGUGGUAGCACCAGCUAUUCUUUGGGUUCUUUACAAUAUUUUGCAGCCUGCUCUUAAUCAAAUCAACAGAAUGAGAUCAGAUUGAAACUUUUCUUUAUAUAUAAAAUAAAAAUUAGAUUUUUAUUUUUGUUGUUGUUGCUGUGUGAUAUAUAGUAUCAUUCAAUUCUCUUGUAACUUGUAUCUAAAGCUAUGUCUCUUUUUUCUUAGUUUUAUGUCUGAUUCUGGCCCUUCUUUUUUUAUUUUAAUAAUUUUGUAUGUUCUGUUGUAAAGUGUGAUUAUUGUUGUUGCAAUUGUUCAAAAUCAUUCACUUAUGCAGAACUAAAUUUCCAUGUGUUGA